AUGCAGUUCACUCUCUCCGCCGUUGUUAUUGCUUUCGCCGCCAUGGCCUCUGCUAUGCCCACCUCCGAGGGUCUCGAGAGCCAGGAGCACGGCGCCGUCCGCUUCCCCGUUCCCAAGGGCCUGACCGUCAAGGAGGCCCAGGCCAAGUGUGGUGACCAGGCUCAGCUCUCUUGCUGCAACAAGGCCACCUACGCCGGUGACACCACCGAUGUCAACUCCGGUCUUGGUGGUGGCCUCCUCGCCAACCUGAUCGCUGGUGGCUCCGGAUCCGACGGUCUCGGUGUCUUCGACCAGUGCUCCAAGCUGGAUCUCGAGGUCCCCAUCCUGAUUGCCGUCCCCCUCCAGGACUUGGUCAACCAGAAGUGCAAGCAGAACAUUGCCUGCUGUGCCAACUCUCCUUCCACUGCCAGCAACGACCUUGUCGGCGCUGGUCUUCCUUGCGUUGCCCUUGGCUCCAUCCUCUAA